AUGCAUCUCAAGAUCAUCCUCUCCCUCCUGCCUCUCCUCCCCCUCACCUCAGCCAUAUGCCCCGGCUACAACUACGCUUUCUUCAACGGCGGCGACAACUGGUUCUACACCGCUGACGUUGCCUGCAAAAUCCGCGUCACCGGCCGAUGCGACAACAUCUGCGAAUGCAGACACUGGGGCUGCUCGCCCGCCCACUCCGUCAACAGAGUGCGUGUCAAUGGCCUCUGGUAUAGCUGCCGUGGCGACCGCAACAAGGGCACCUGCGGUGCUAGCAAGAACCAGAUCCAGCACCGCGCCCCUGAAAGUUGCUGCCGCAACGACGGCAGGCGCAAUUUCGAGGAAGGUCUCAUCAGCAGACGCCAUGCUGAUGCUAUUACUGUUACAAACGAGCUGCUUGAGCGCCAUGCGAGGGAGUUCGACCACGCUGAGAAGCGCGGCAUUGACCUGGGUAAGCUGCGUCGACGUCAGCUGAAUGAGGUCGACCAUUUUAUGAAGCGCGAGGCCGAGGCUGCUGCCUUUGGCGAUGAGUAG